ACCAACAUGGCAGAACUUCAGGAUCUUUGUGAAUCAGAGGUCGCCAGCACUUCCCACUUUACUGGUUGUUUGCAGGGUGUGAGUGACUCUGCACAGUGUCCCAUGGCUGUGCAGGAGCUGGGCAUCAGCCUGUCCAUGAUAGGUGUCGCCGGGACCAUCCUGAUCUGCGCUCUGCCCAUGUGGAAGGUGACAGCAUUCAUCGGCACCCACCUGGUGGUCAUGCAGGUGUUUUGGGAGGGUCUGUGGAUGACCUGUGUCAGUGAGUACACAGGUCAGCUGCAGUGUAAGCUCUAUGAUGCCCUGCUGGACCUGUCACCAGACCUCCAGGCGGCCCGUGGUCUCAUCUGCAUCAGCCUGUUUCUGGGAUGUUUGGGAUUCCUCAUCUUCCUCCUGGGAGCACGCUGCACCAACUGCCUGAGCCACCCGAGGAUCAAAGCUCGGGUGGUGCUGAGCUCUGGGGCCAUCUUCUGUUUGGCAGCCCUCACCACCAUAGUUGCUGUUUCCUGGACAGCCAACUCCAUCAUCCAUGACUUUCACAACCCACGCGUCCCCGAGGUGCUGAAGAGGGAGCUCGGAGCAGCCAUAUAUAUUGGCUUUGUGACAUCUGGUCUGCUGUUCCUUGGAGGAGCCAUUCUGUGCACAAGCUGCCCACCACAGAGGGCCAGGUUCCCCUCCACCGGGUACACACUGGCCAGGACACCCACACACAGCAGCUAUGCCAUCAAGAACUAUGUGUGAAGUGAGGAGGGCUUAACAUAAAUAUAAAUGUACUGAAC